GAAUUGAAGUCUUUAAUUAAAGUUGUGUUGAAUGAUAAACAAUGAUUUCAAAACAAUGAAUGUAAAAAUUUCUUUAAGAAAAUGAGAAAAAAAGUUCAUGGAACUGUGUAGAAGAAAAAAUAUAAGUAUUAUAAUUUUUCGCCAGAAUAACAGUAAAUAAGAAAAAAAAAUAACAAAAAAGGAUGUUGCACCCAAAACUAAGUGGAUAUGGUAUUUUUUAGGAUUUUGAGACAUCAUUUUUUAAAAGGCUUAAUUUUUCUUCAAACAUUUCAUCUGAAGCAGCAUUUGAAACAGUGAAUUCGAUUUAAAACAAACGACAUUAAAAGAUUCUACGCUACCAAAGCUUAAGGCAAUGUUGCAUGAACUACUGAAAAUUAUUACCUGUUUAAGCAUAAUAACAGUAGCAACAAGUUCAAAUUAUAUAACAAAACGAUCUAUAGUGAGUUAUCGGCAUGCCUCACCAUCCUUAGUUGAGAAUAAGGAGCCAUCACAGGUGUCAAGUAACGAUGGUGAUGGCUAUAAAUGGACAAAAAUAAGCAAUGAAGAAAUACAAUCACAGGCUGAGUAUCUUAUACCAAAACUAUUUAAUGUUCAAAAUAUGAAUAGCAUACUGUAUUCCAAUAUGAAGGAUGGUUACAGUGAUAAAAGAAUUUCUACAAAGAGCGCCACCAAAAAACUCAAUCAAAAGAUAAGAGGCAACGAAAACAGUAAUAGCAAAUUCAAAGCACUUAAAAGUAAUAAAAAAUCAAACCUGAUGAGCAGAUUUGAUAAUGGGCAGAGAAAGAUUAGCGUAGAAAAUAUAACAAGUGAAGAGAGCAAUGCAAUUAAAAACAUAACAGGAAGCGAUCAACAGUAUAUGAAAACAAAUAAAACCAGAAGCGUUCUGACUAAUCAAAACUUUUAUCCCGUUCCAUCACUGGAAACAAGUGACUAUCCAAACUCCUUUUUUCCAACGAAUAAAGAAGAACAUGAGCUUCAACAGCUCUUUGGAUUAGAAGGAGCUAAGAAAUAUCAAAAUUUUCAGCUUCAGCAACAGGCGAGAAACAAAGAUGAUGAAUAUCUUAAAUUAAAUGACGAUAAUGGUUUUAUCGAUGCACCGAGAAAGAGAAGCAACGAAAUUGUUAAUGGAGAAGAAAUGCAGGAUGUUUCUGGUGCAAUGGUCAAUCAGAUAAUGCCCAGAACUACAAGAAGACAGCGAGAAUAUGAUGUUCCAUUAAUACAGUGUCCACCAGCAACUGACGGAAUGGAACGUUUUGCAUGUCCCACACCAGAUCGUCAAGGACGUUAUCGCUGCAUAGAUGACCACGUACUUUGCGAUGGCUUCAUAGAUUGUCCAGAAGGAGCUGAUGAAGAUCGUCAAGCUUGUAUGUUUUACAAGACUACAAAGGCCCAUUUGGAUGUCCUCGCAGAUGCACUUCUUAGAUGGGCUCGCGGCCGAUAAAAAUAAUGUCUAUUAAACCAGGUUAUUAGCAUAAGUAUUACACACUACAACCGUUAAAAAACUGAUAUGAUGAUAGAAAAAGAACUGAACACAGUUGAAAUCUGUUUAAAUUGGAAAUUCGGAUUAUUCUUAUAAAAACACGGUUAACAUUUUUAUUUUAUUUUGAUGGAUGCUCAAUUGGAAAAUGAAAUGUAAAAAAGAAAAUAAUGAUGUAUUCAGCUUCAUUUUUUUCCUUUCCAUAUUAUUUCUAUUAGAUAACAAUUCCUAUAUGAAGACACAUUAAGAUAUGUCUCUUCUACUUACAUUUUACAAUGAUUAAAUUUUUAACAUGAAUUUAAAAAAAAAUAAAAAUAAGCAAAAGGAUGGCGUUCACGUUACAAAUAUAUGAAAAUGAACGUAUAAGUUAAAUUUUCAAAAGAUCACGUACAUAAACAUGAUAUAAAUGAAUUUUUAAAUAAAAAUUGUGCGCUUAUGGAAACAACAAGGAACCCAAAGAGUUGAUCAUAUAUCACAAAACUUAAGGUGAAGCAACAAAUAUUAGUUGUCUAGUAGCUUGAUCAAGCCCUAAGAGGAUAGAAAAUUAUAUAUACACCAGAGCCGCGUGAUAUAUGACUUUACGAAAACUUUUCAGACUUCUAGAUAUAGAUUAUAAAUUGGGCAGCUAAAUAUUCCAAAUAAAAUUUCAAUAAUGUGAAUCUUAUAUACAUAAAAACACAUUAAGGAAAAACCAAUUGAAAACUAUUUGAAAAAGAAAUAGAAAUAGAUUGAAUACUUCACAAGAGCUUUGUUUCAACAUUGAAAAGUCAAAUUUUAAGGAUGAACAUGAUAAAAUAAAAAGCAUAAUAAGGCUCUUUUGAAGAUCAGUAUCUUUUUCUGAUUUCAAGGUUACUGAACUAAAGAAUAAUUAUAAAAAUUUCAUUCGAUUAGAUUGAUUGAACUAGAUAGAAGUUGAUUUUAAAUCUGUCGCCAAAAUUAAUCACAUACAUGAAUAAAAUUAAAUGUUUUGGCAGCUGAUUCUUUCAUUUUUUUUUUUAUUAUUAAGGUAAGUAUGAUAACUUAAUAACAUCAUAUAGCAGC